CGAGUCAAGUGGAAAACUAAUGGGUGAUUCGUUCAAGCUGAUUGCAGCAGGGCUGGUCACCUGACUUGGCCGGAUCCCCGUGACGUUUUCAUUUUUCUUGGAUGAUUCAAAUUUGAAAAAUAUUUAUCACCGCGUGGUCUUUUUUUUUUGUUCUUUUUCCCGUUGUUUGAAUUCGACUCCCACUCGGUUUGGGUUUUUUGUUUAUACUUACCAGUCAUGGACAGCCUUGACCAAGGAAUUGGCAAUAGCCCCGACAAAGACAGUGGAGAUGACCCCGAGAUGUUGGCUGAUGAUAGAAUUUUGGCACCUGGAAUAACUAUAGUUGAAGAAGAAGGAAGUCUUACUGCUGCCGAUCUUGGUGGGAACCCUGUUCAAAAUGAGAAUGCUGUAAUGUAUAGGGUUAUGCAAGUAGGUUCUUCUGGCGAAAUGAUAGAAUUGCCUCAAAUUGUUACUGGGAAUUUCACAUCUGGAACUGCUCAACCAGCGCUCAUAAAUCCCCUCAAUACAGGACAGUUCUACAUUGUUGGAGCACCACCAGACAUGUUGACUGGAGGGACGCCACGUACAAUCGCACCAAGAGGAAAUGUCCCACCAGCUAAUGUCCCAGUUAAUAGAGAUCCUCCUGCUUCAAGAACGACAGGGGCUGGGCAUGGCGAACCCAGAGACGAUCGACGCCGCGUAAGCCAUAAUGAAGUGGAGCGCCGCCGGAGAGACAAAAUUAACAAUUGGAUCCUAAAAUUGGGAAAAAUUAUGCCAGAUUCCGUUCAUAAUGACGCAGGAAAAACUGGUCAGCAGAGUAAAGGUGGAAUCCUUUCAAAAGCCUGUGACUACAUCACUGAUAUAAGAAAUGCUAAUCAACAAUUAGCUGAAGCACUCCGCCAGUCGGAACAUCACGUUGAAGAGUUACAGACAGAAAAUGCUGCCUUGAGAAAAGAACUAGAACAGCUACACAUGUCCGGAAUCGGCAAGAGCUAAGAUCGUAAAGGUUAUGAAUCAUUUGUGUCGUUGGUAAUUUGUUUUCGUUAAUUUUUAACAUGAAUAGUGAAUUCUGCGCGUAUCGUCUGUAUAAAAUAGGACUGAAUGUUUCGUUUUGAUUCUGUGUCGAUUAAGCAAGACAAAAAUGUUGGUCGUUUGCA